GCAACAAUUCACAUGUUCUCUCUUUGAUCACAAUGCUGAGGAAUAUGGUCGCAAUCAUGUAGAGGAAGGGGUUUUAGCGUUCAUUUGAUGCCCUAAAGAAGCAAACUACACUGUCGCAGUUACUGAAAAUUACAAUAAAAAGACUUUGAUUUAUACAUACAUUUAUCGUAUAUUCUGUGCAUUCCAUUUAAAAGGAAGGCCUAGACCACAACGCGACAUUCAAAAUGGCGGAAGAAGAGAUGUUAUUUGACCCCAUGAUGAAGAAAAAGAAGAAGAAGAAGGUACCAGUUGAUUUUGAGGAUUUUGAGAAUGUACCUGUUCAACCAGAGCCUGAGAAAAGUCAGGAAGCAGAGAAGAAUGAUAACUUAGAAGAUAUACAAGAGAAGAAAAAAGAAGCAGAUAUUGAUUUGGAUCUUGAUGAUUUUUCAAAAAUGAAAAAGAAAAAGAAAAAGAAGAAGGAAGCAUUGGUCGAAAACAAUGAAUCUGAAGAUAAUAAACAAGAUAAUGAGGGGCCAAUGGCUGAUGAAGAAUUUGAUCUUUCUCUGGCCAAAAAGAAGAAGCCCAAAAAGCAGCCCAAGGAUGCAUUUCUUGAUGAAAAUGAAGAGGAAGGAGAUGAAGCAAAUGAUAAUGAAGCUAAGAAACCAUCAGCUGCUCUUGCAGAGGACAGAGAUUACACUUACGAUGAGCUUUUAAACCGUGUUUUUGAAAUAAUGCGUGCAAAGAACCCUGCAAUGGCAGAAGGCGGUAAGAAGAAAUUUGUUAUGAAGCCACCUCAAGUUGUCCGUAUUGGAACAAAGAAAACAUCCUUUGUAAACUUUGCAGAUAUUUGCAGAAUUCUACAUCGACAACCAAAGCAUCUUCUAGCAUUUUUAUUGGCUGAGCUGGGUACAAGUGGCUCAGUUGAUGGUGGGAACCAGCUUAUUAUCAAGGGAAGAUUUCAGCAAAAGCAAAUUGAAAACGUAUUACGUCGAUACAUCAGGGAGUAUGUGACAUGCCAUACCUGUAGGUCACCUGACACAAUUCUGCACAAGGAAACAAGACUAUUCUUCUUGCAGUGUGAAACCUGUGGCUCAAGAUGUUCUGUUGCAAGCAUCAAAUCUGGCUUCCAAGCAUUGACAGGAAAGCGUGCUGCCAUGAAAAAUAAGCAGUGAUAAGAGAAUUGUAAUUGAAUCUUAUCCAAACUUAAAUCUGGAAAAAGAACUGCCCAAAGUGCUUAUUUUGAAUAUAAUGGUUUGCAUACACUGAAUAGGUUUAAAUGCAAGCUGUUCUAUGGUAACCACAUGUAAUUUGCAUUUCUGGUCACUUGAAACACACUUUGUUGUAUGUUAAUUUUUUUCCAUGAAACAAAGGGAAUUGUGUAAUAAA